CUCCCUUUGGCGCUGUCCCCAUUUUGCUUCUACCUUCCAGGAGUUCCAGCCGUCUAGGUUCAAUUAGCGAGUCCCGGCAGUCCCGCCGAGCCACCUCCACCGCUCCAUGCCUGAGCCACCUCCUCCGCCACCGAGCCACCUCCGCGGCUCCACUACGAGACUGCGACUCCUUCAAUCCCAGAUCCCGGGUAUUGGAUUUUUGGUUGAUUGAUUGUCAUUGCUGAUGGGUUGUUGAUGAUGGGUUGAUAAUUGGGAAUGGCCGAAUGGGUUGUCCAGCUACAAGCCUACAAUGAUGUUUGGUAAUGGUUUGGAAUGGGUUGUUGUCUUGUUGAUGAUGCUUGAUAUUUGAUAAUUGAUUGUCAAUUUGUCAUUGCUGAUGCCUGAUGAUGUUUGAUAAUUGGGAAUUGCAUAUUUGGUGUUUGGUGUUUGAUAAUUGCAUAUUUGGUGUCUGGUCAUAUGGGCGAGGUAAUAAUACUAUGGGCAUGUGUUUCUUCUGGACAGAGUAAAAUGGUAUCUGAUAUUUAAUAUAUUUGAAAUGGCUUCAAAUAAUAAUUUGGAUCAUUUGGAUGGUAUAUGAAGAUAAUUAAGAGAAUAAGUCUUCCACUCACAAGUCAAAAAAGAAGAAGUGCAGAGGCCAGAGGGGUCGUUUAGGCUUAUCAUUUAACACUGACCCAGCCUUUUUUUUUUUUCGAUCGAAUAACAUUGGCCCAGCUUGAUUUAAUGAUUGUGAACCCAUUUUCAAUACCGAAAUCUUCUAUGGUCAGCAACUCAUAGUGGUGUGAGAGGUGUCUUGCGUAAUGAAAAAGGUGAAUUCAUUGCCGGAUGAGCCUCCCACUGGGUUCCAAAUCUAAAAAAAAAAAAGAGUUCUUCGCAAAAUUUUUGUAUGUAUAAAAUUAGCCCAAUCCUCAUGUCAUUCCUGGCUACGUCCCUGUCUGUACAUGCAAUUGGCUUUGCAUCCAGAGUAGUACUAGUCUGAGCCAUCAACAGAGAAUGAAGAAUUUUCACAUCCCAAGAAUACAUUUCUAUUCUCCAAAUAAUUUACCUCCAACUCUGACCACUCCCACUCGUGGUCUUUACCAAACGGCACCUCAAAUACCCUAAAAUUAGUGAUUUCAAUUGAUCCAAUUCUUGGCCUAGAUUGUAGAACCAACCACAAGGCCCCUGCUGACAUGUACAAGCUCUGACUACUAGUCUGCCCAUACAUAGGUACCAUUUGUACAAGUUCUGAUUCUACCAUCGUGUUGUAAUUAGUUCUUUUUCUUCUCCCAAAAAAAAAAAAAAAAAAACGAACUUCUGUACCAAAAUUUCACACGUGAGAAAUUUCCCUCCAAAAAUUGCCAAUCGUUCACACGUGCUAGAUUUCCCUCUAAAAAACUCUAGGGUUGCCAAUCCCAUUUCAUCUCCCUCCCUCCUGCUUCUUCAAAGCUCUCGAAAUGCAGAGCCUUUCUCUGUAAAUCGGCGAUAACAUCAAACCAGAGCACCGUCGGACUCUCUCUCUCUCUCUCUCUCUCUCUCCUUCUUUUCGAGGCAGAAGCAUUUCCUUCUUGGUCGUUGAGUAGGGUUUUAGAGCUUCAUUUUACUCAUCGGCUUCUAUUGGAGGUAUUUCUCUUUCUACACUCUCACUGUACAGCUUCUAUUUCAAGUUUCUGUGUAUAGAUUUAUUUCAAUUCCAUGUUUGGAAUUGAUUCGCACUAAUAGGAUUUCCAUUUUGCGCUAGUAUCUGGCCUGCUUUAGUGGAAUUAGGGUUUCGAUUCUGUUGCGAGGGUUCGGUAUGAGGCUUUUUAAGUUAUGCUCAUUGUUAGUUUCAAGCUCACUGUGGAUGUUGUGCUAGAUUGGGGCUUAAUUUCUAGGGUUUUAACCUUUAUUUUGGGGUUUAUCGAUUUGAGAUGUAUUGAUGGGAUUUGAUUUGGUUCUUAUACUAGGAUUAUAGAUGUUAGCUUAAUUACCAGGCAAAUCUGUAUGAGAAGAAUGGGGAAUGGUUUUUUCAUUGUUUGUGAAAUGAUGCUUUGUGUUAUUGCUCAAGUAGAUUGAAUAUGAUGACUAGUGAAGCUUUUAGGCUCUCAGAAUUUUGUGAUGAUAUAGCAUUGUACCACAGAAAUCGAUACUUUUCUGUUAAUUGGAAUUGUCUAGUGUUUGCAUUUUGUUUGGUGAGGUUUGAAAUCACAUUUGGCAGAUAAGAGGAAAGCACAUCAUACACAAUUUUUUACAUUGAGAAACGGCCAUGGAGAUCACUCAGUAUCUAUUGUCAGCUCAAUCAGCCGAUGCAAGAGUUCGUACUGAAGCAGAAUCUAAUCUGAGGAAAUUUCAAGAGCAAAACCUACCUGCUUUCCUUCUGUUGUUGUCGGUUGAGCUAGCAAACAAUGAAAAGCCAGUUGAGUCCCGAAGGUUGGCUGGUAUUGUUCUUAAGAACUUACUAGAUGUCAAAGAUUCUGCUACAAAGAAACAUCUUGCUCAGCAAUGGAUGGCUAUUGAUAUUGCAUUUAAAUCCCAAAUCAAGAGCUGGCUCUUACAGACACUUGGGUCAUCUGUGCCAGAGGCAAGGCGCACCUCUGCCCAAGUUCUUGCCAAAGUUGCUUCUAUUGAUGUUCCCCAGAAACAGUGGCCUGAGCUAAUCGGACAUUUGCUUAAUAACAUGAUUCAGCGCGAUAGCUCUGCUGAUUUGAAACAGUCAACCUUGGAAACUCUUGGUUAUGUAUGCGAGGAAAUAUCCCAUCCUGAUCUUCAGCAAGAUGAGGUAAACUCUGUUCUUACAGCUGUAAUUCAAGGAAUGAAUCUUGCUGAGAACAGUUCUGAAGUCCGUCUUGCUGCAACAAGGGCAUUAUGUAAUGCCUUGGAGUUUGCUCAGACAAACUUUGAAAAUGAGACGGAACGAACUUACAUCAUGAAGAUGAUCUGUGAGACUGCCUUGUCUAAGGAGGUAGAGGUUAGGCAGGCUGCUUUUGAGUGCCUUGCUUCAAUUGCUUCUAUGUACUAUUCUGUGCUUGGGACUUACAUGCAGGCUCUCUUUGAGCUUACAUCAAAUGCGGUAAAAGGGGAUGUAGAACCUGUUGCCCUUCAAGCAAUUGAGUUCUGGAGUUCCAUUUGUGAAAAAGAAAUAGAAUUGCAAAAGUAUAAGACAGCUGACAGGAACUGUUGGGACUCUCUACCGGACUUUGUGCCUCCUCAUUCACGUUUUAUAGAAAAAUCUCGAAUUUCUCUAAUUCCAAUAUUGCUAGAGAUUUUGCUGAUGCAGGAAGAAAAUGUAAGCCAGUAUGACAACAUUUGGAAUAUCUCAAUGGCUGGUAAGAAAUGCCUAGAACUUGUUGCCCAAACUGUUGGGUUUGUCAUUGUACCCCUUGUGAUUCCAUUUGUGGUGGCUAACAGAGUGAAACCAGAUUGGCAUUGUCGGGAGGCAGCAGUUUUUGCACUUGGUGCAAUUAUUGAAGGCUCAACCAUUUAUCAGGAUCUUGGGGUCUUAUUAAAAUACUGUGAACUGGUCCGUGAACUUAUAGAUGACUUGCUUUUCUUAAUGAAUGAUGAAAACAACCAAGUCAAAGAAACUACUGCAUGGACUCUCGGUCGUAUAUUUGAAUUUUUGCAUAGUCCUGUUGGUGGAUUUUCUGUGAUUACUUCUGAUAAUCUUCCAAGAGUGGUAGAUAUAUUGGUGAAGAGCGUUAAGGAUGCUCCAAAUGUUGCAACUAAGGUGUGUCGGGCGAUUUAUACACUUGCUGAGGGCUAUGAGGAAGCUGGAAUGCACUCAUCUUUUUUUAUGCCAUAUAUCCCUAGGAUCAUUGAAAGUCUUCUUUUUGCUGCUAGUCGUGCAGAUUUGGAUGAUUUGAAAUUGACGUCUGCUGCAUAUGAAUCAUUAAACGAGGUAGUGAGGUGUUCCAGCAGUACUGAAGCACCACAGAUUAUAAGAGAACUACUCUCUGUGAUUUUGGAGAGGUUGAGUCAGACUUUAGAGCGUCAGAUAGUAUCAUCAGAUGGCAAGGAAAAGCAAGCAGACUUGCAGGCUUCUCUCUGUGGCGUUCUCCAGGUUAUAAUCGAGAAAGUUAGCAGUGCAGAUGAUUUAGAAACCAGGUCCAUUAUGUUGACACAGGCAGACCAGAUGAUGUUUUUGUUUCUUAAUGUCUUUUCUUGCCGAAGUUCUACAGUGCAUGAGGAAGCCAUGCUUGCUAUUGGUGCCCUUGCUCAUGCUACUGGGUCUGAGUUUGGCAAGUACCUUCCUGAAUUAUACAAGUACUUGAAGAGGGGGUUGCAAAAUUUCAAGGACUAUCAAGCCUGUUCUGUCACAGUUGGUGUGGUUGGCGACAUUGUUCGUGCCUUGAAGUACAAGGUAGUACCAUAUUGUGAUGGGAUUAUGCAAAUUCUGUUGACGAAUCUUUCUAGUGAAGCACUCGACCGGUCUGUCAAGCCUCCCAUAUUCUCUGUCAUUGGCGACAUAGCUCUCUCAAUAGAUGAAAACUUUCAGAAGUAUGUUGACUCUGCAGUGCCAAUGAUGCAGAGAGCUGCGGAGCUGUGUGCUCAGAUGGACUCCAAUGAUGAUGAGUUAUUGGAGUACGGCAGUCAGCUCAAGUGUAGCAUCUUUGAAGCUUAUUCUGGUAUACUUCGGGGCACCAAGAAGUCUAAGAUCAUGAUGCCAUAUGCCCAGCUUCUCUACGAGUUUAUAGGAUUUGUUUUGAAGGAGAAAGACAGGUAUCAUGUUCCGAUUGGAUGGGAUAUCCUUCUAAGAAAAGCUUUAGCUGCUGUGAUGGAUGACCUUGCAGAUUUACUUGGUACAAACUCAAAGACACUCUUUGGAGACCUUACUGCUCGUGUAACAUAUACUGGUGCGUGUCUUCAAUCUGAUUGUGAUAACCUGAAGUAAACUGCACUUGUGCAGGAGACUAGGCUGAAUUCCUUGCAAGUAAAAUGAUACUCUAGCUGGUACAGUAAUCAGUGAGUUUUAACUUUUAAGGGUGUGAAGGAAGUUCAAAGUUGUGUAGAUUAUGUACGAACUUCUCUUUUGCAGUGUGGGCGCAAAUUCUGUAAUAUCUUGACUUGGAAUUAUUACCAGAAAAAUCAGGGUUUGAAAUUAAGAGGGUUUUUUUAACUUCCACAGGAUACUAAGUUGAUUAUUCAAGUCUUUGUCUCAUUCUCUGUAAAGGUUGUAAGUAGAGCAAAGGGAGAUUCUCUCCCCUUACUUUUCUUACCAUGCAUAUAAAUAA